AUGAGCUCAACGAAGAUGCGCCGGAAGGUGCUUCCGGCGGCCACGGAGAACGGUGAUACCGGGGACAAGCAGGAUCAGCUCCUUCUCUCCGCCACCAUCUGCAACGGCGAGGACCUUGGUCCCUUUAUCCGCAAGGCUUUUGUCUCCGGCAAACCGGAGAUCCUCCUCCGCCACCUCGAGCAAUUCCGUCGAUACAAGGAGUCGGAGAUUGAAGACGUCUGUCGCGCCCACUAUCAAGACUUUAUUAUGGCCGUUGAUGACCUCCGAUCUCUCCUCUCCGACGUCGAUACUCUCAAGUCAUCCCUCUAUGACUCUAACGCCAAGCUCCAAUCCGUCGCUGUUCCUCUUUUGACUUCGCUCGAUUCGAUUGCUACAUUGCUGAUCUUGAGCUGGCCUGAACAAAAGUCUAUUGGUGCAAAAUAG